AAGAGGUGAGUAACGCUGGGAGAGCUAGGUAAGCUGACGUCAUGGUUGAGUUCCGAAAUUGAAAUCAAUAAGCGAUGUGCAAUGUUGUGUGUACAUCACGGACGGUGGGAAAUGGCGAUUAUGUCAAAACAGCGUGUUAGAUCUCAUUGUGUUUGAUUCCACGGGAUUGACGAAGUGAAUAUUCGUUAGUAAAAUGGCUCGCAACACCAAGAAGAAACUCGCGAUAUUUGCGGGUACAUCCAAGUGUCUCAUUUACGCAGAAGCAAAGUACUGUGCCUCUGAAAUACCUGGAGAAAUAAAAUAUUAUGAAUGUUCAAGGACAGAAUAUUGUUGUGCACUUGGUUGUUGUAUAUCACCAGGACUCCAUUUCCAUCAUUUAUGGUACUACUGGAUUCUAGUUAUAAUCAUGUUCCUGGUGUGUUCUGGUGGUGGUUGGUGGUACCGGUACUGGCUGCAAGGCAGAUACAGAGCAGCUGCUUCUGCUAUUCCAACUCGAUCUUCCAACACUAGAUCCCAAAAUUCUCUUCGUAACACACCUUGUCAGGCGCAACAAGCUCGUAUUACAUACAAUUCUGCAAGAAAUACCGUCCUGUUACAUCGCAUGUGGAAAGGUCCUCAAAGAAGUACAGCAGCGCCGGCGUAUAACGGUAAUGCGACCACAUCGACGCACUAUCAAAAUAUGAAUGUUGUAUUGAACGACGCCAACUGUCCUUACUACCAAUUAUAUGGUCCUCCACCUAGCUACGAGACGGUGAUAGCUCAGACACGCGGCAAGAUUUCCAAUCCGGCGUCGCCGGAGUCUUCGACCGCGCGGAUGGGUUUGCAGACAGCGAAUGUGAUACCGAAUCCAAGUGUACCGCAGUGCUUUUUCUACACUUGUAAUUCUCCGCCGAGAUUGGUGGACGGCAACACGAGUCAAUGUCAAAGUGAUAACGCGAACUCACGGCAACUCGACAAUCACGAGAACGUGCCGUUCGCGCAUUUCUCGCAAUACUGCGUCGUGAACGGCGCGAUCAGUCAGAACGUGUGUGUGCCUCUGGAAUAUCCAGACACAUCGGCUGCUUCUGGCGGCGGCAACUUAUCGUUCGGCCACAACUAUCAGACCAGCCCGAAUCGGCUGCCAGGAUAUCCGGCGGACAGAUUGUCUGACACUUCGGAGGCGGAGAACACAGCGGCGACGACGGCGGCUCAUGGUUACGCAGUGCAGGACAUGGAGGGGUACGACGCGAUGCUCAAUACCGACGCGGCAACCAGCAGCUACGAAGAGCAACGCGUUCCGUGGCGCCCAGCGGACGAUCAAGCGAUGCCGAAAAUUCACACUAAGGUCACCAUGCAAGAUGAGGAGAGUCGUUGCGACCAGGUGUGUCGGCAGAAGCGUGUGAUCGCCGCGGAGGCGCACAGCCUGUCGCCCAAGUCGGAGGCGAGCGGCGGUGACGAGGACGAAUCGAGGCGCCCGUCACUCGUGAUGCCCGCUCUCAGCCGAGAGAGGAACUUCGCCAGAGAACGCUCGAAUUAUGGCGGCUCACUGCGAUUACCGCGCAAACAUAUCGGCGGUGUCGUUUAUCAAGGCAACGGCAGUUUCCAGAGAGCACUUCCCAAGGACUCGUCGAGCCCCGCAGCGGUCGCUCUCGAUUCCAUGGCGGCUUUCGACGAGAGCGCGGCCCACGACGUCGCGGAACGAUCGAUGCACGCCGACGCGAGCUCUUCUCAAUCAAAUCCAUCCAAUAAUGUGAUACUAGAAACGUUUAUUUUUGAAAACGCGCCGUCCCCGCGCGUCAACAUCGAGGGGGCGCGUGAUCCUCGUGCAAUGAACCGCAGUACAAACUUUGAUCUUGAAAGUAAACACAAAUUAGACAGAUCGAAGUCGCUAGACUGAACGCUACGUCGCAAACUCUUGUCGCCGUAAUCAACGUGAUGCUUAUUAUUCUUGUAUGUCUUUGUUUAUUCGCGCGGAACUCGUACAAAAUUCAUCGCUCGUCACCGGGUCGGAAAAUGUCCUCCGACGGCUAUCGCGAUCCUCCAGAUAUCACGAUUGAAAGAUACGACAAUUCUUUUCGAAUUAACGCGAUACCUUUUCAAUUUUCUUUAACGCUAUUCGCUCAGGCGGCAAUUAGUUUCCGGAUUAAUCGACUCGGUGACCUGCUCGCGAUACUCCGUCAUUAUGUCGACUUAAUUAUCGUAUCUGACAAUUGGAUCUCGUGUUACGAAUAUAUAAGAAUGUGUCCUUCAAUAUUAUCAAAGCGCGAAGAAUUAGCAAACCUAAAUGCUAGACGUUAGAUUUAAAGAACGCACUUCCGCAGUAUUUUUUGCAAGUAAUACCGCAACUCCAAAGCUAUUUUGAUGACCUAUUAAUACUUAAUAUUGUCUAGAUGUAAUAGAAAGAGAAACAGAAAAAGAGAGAGAAAGAGAGAGAAAGAGAUGAUAUAAUUCUAUUUACAUACGCUGGUGAAGCAUUUUAUUUUCGAUAUCUCUGCGACUGCAUACUGCCAUACACAGAAAGAUCUUUUUGAAUGUUGUAUCUCGCGGAUCACUGAUCUCUGAGUUUUAUCUUUGCACUAUACCUAAGUAACGUAAUUUAAGAUCUCAGAACGGUGAAACAAGAAAAAGCGAGACGAAAAGAGGAAAAGAAGUAUCUCAGAUAAAAGCGCGUCUUUCCAGCGGCCCAAACUUCAACCCACUUACGCACAAAAGGAACAAAGAAUAUCAUUGUGUUUCAUUACACUCUACUUCUCUCAUGUGAAUCAAUAAUUAUCGCACGUUUUCUAAUCCUCGAAUGAAAGCGCACUGAAUGAACUAAGUUUCUACGAAGGAUAAGGUCUCCAAUGGUAUUAAGAAAAAGAGAUAAAAAGAAGGGAGAUGGAAAGAAGAAGAGAGAGAGAGAGGGAGGAGAUUCAUUUUAAAUAUUAUUAAUAUAAAUUUCGACGUAUUUUCUAAUGAUAAUACCAAUAUCGAACUCGACGACGUCGAGAUGGUCUCACCUUCGAGCAGUAUUUCCGUCAAAGUCCUCUAGAUAUAUUUAAGCCUCUAUUAUAUAUGUGCACAUAAAUAUUAUCUCGAUACUAAAGAGCGCGCAAGUUUCAUUAAUUACUACACGCGCAACACAAACACACACACACACACAUAUAUACUUACAUACUUGAUGUUAAAACAUAAUUACGCAAAGAAAGGAACUCUAGUUUAUUUACUAACCAAAUAAGCACGAGAGAGUAUACUGUUUGUAAUAAAAACAAAAAAAAAAAAAUAAAACGUAGCCUCAGCUACUAUUUCGCGACAGCCACUGGCAUCCUGUUGCGUAAAGAAGAAAAAAUAUAAAGAAGAAACACACACGAAAGUACGUUCGUACGAACGUACAUUGUAGGAGCGAGAACGCGAGGGAACGCGUAUGUACGUAGACAGGAAAACAGAAGAGCAACUUAAUACUUAAUCCGAUUUAAUUCGUAAAAAGCACAACACGUUAAUUUCCUCGUGUAACCACGCGGGUGACAUUUUCGAG